ACAUGCAGAACCGCCAGGACUCUUCAUAGGUUCCUGUUGAGUUUCUGGGAGCGGUUUGAGUUAUGACGGGGAGUGUGUUUCAAACCGAACCGGUCAUUGGUAACUGAGUCGCAGAAAUCACAGAAGCAGAAAAUCAGUUGAAGAGAAACAGUAAAGCCAGCCAGCCGGACUGACAGUAGCGUGUGGGAAUGGCAGCUCCCCGGCCGAUAAAAGGCAUUCUUAAAAACAAGAACAGCGGGACAAACGUCAAAUCGCUGCAGGACGAGGUGCCAGGGGAUAAUCCUGAACAAGCCCCUGGACUCUCGGAAGAUGACCAACAGAAGAAAUCCCAGAAAUGGGAUGAGAUGAACAUCCUGGCCACAUACCACCCAGCCGACAAAGACUACGGCCUGAUGAAGAUAGACGAACCCAGCACACCUUACAACAGGAUGGUGGGGGAUGAUGAUGACGAGGGGGCGCUGAGUGACUCGGAGGGCCACGGUGGACUUGCAGCUGAUGACCUGGUAUCAAAGCUGGCGGCAGCAGAGGGUUCAGAGCCUCGCUUCAUGAAGGAAGAGGAAGAGAGCAGUGAGGAGGAGGAAGAGGAGCUGACUCCUGAAGAACAAGCCAAAAAGAAGCAUUUUCAGAUGAUGAGGAAGAUGCACUACAAUGAGGGCCUGAACAUCAAGCUGGCCCGUCAGCUCAUCGCCAGCGAACUAGAAGAUGACGAAGAUGCAGAUGAGGAGAUGAGGGACGACACUGAGGAAACAGAAGAGAUCAAUGUUGACCCGCCACAGGAAGCUGACUCUCUGGACUCAUAGAUGAGGCCCCUCUCCCACUCAGCCCUGUGUGUCGGCUCAAGAUCCAGACAGACAAUGCCACUGCGCUGUGUUUCAACGCAGGGCCACAGAGCACACACCGCUUCACCACCCAUAUAACACCCCGCAACAGCCAAUAACCUCCCGGUCACCUGUCCGUGUCUACUAUUCCUUAGAACUGUGCAAUAUAACCUUCAAACGCACUGUUUUUUACCUCCCAGAAUCAGUGCAAACACACAAGUGAAGACUGUUGGUCCCUCCUCCUCCUUCUCCUGUUGCCAAGAAUUUCUCCCUCCCACUUCUUCUGGACUGAAGAAUAUGUGAUUCUGAUCCUGAAAGGAGGAUCAAGGUCUUUAAAAAAAAAAAAAAAAACAAAGAAAGAAAACUGUCAGAUAACCAGAAGUCCCAUCUGGUCACUCCACAGUCCCUCUGCAGGCCACAGAGCCCGUACGUCAGCCCUGGAGCAAGCCAGGGGAAACCCCACGGCCUCACUAAAGGCAAAUCCGAGACAUGACAGCAGCGCUUAUACUGGGUGCACUUCAGACGAGUUUUAUUUUAGUUUUGCUUUGUGACCCACCACUCUGUUGCAUUUUCUUUCCACCCUCAGUACUUUUUGUGAUAAAAGUUUACCAGCUAGAUUCUUUGAUUUUAUCCCAAUUCACAUCCUGGUAGACAGUUACAUGGUUUACCUGUAAUGCUGUACCAUCAGAAUCAGAUUAUUUCACUUUACAUUGGCCUAAUGCUGUUAUGAUGAAAUAAAUUACAUUUUAGGGUCUAUAUAUUAGUUUCUCAUAGUAAAUGACAACAUAGCCUACACAAUCUAAAUUUCAUUAUUAAAAUAUCCAAAUUUGACAUCAUAAAACUAACAAUAAUAUGACACAUGUACACUGUAGUGUCUGACUGUGAUGCUUACAGUAAGCUGCAUGGCUUUCUGCUUAAGAUCAUGUAAAACAACACAGAUUUUAAGUAUUACAUUAGUACUUUGCUGACAUUGCCUCAGUACUACUUAUUUACUUUCCCUCUUUACAAGUAAGAACAGCACACCAAACCUCAUUUCAAAUUCUGGCAAUUUUACGAACAUGUAUACCUCAUAGUACCAGAAGUCUUUCUUCUCUAAAUUAUAUCCACUGAUAAAUUCGGCACAUAGGUUUUCAAUCAAGAGGCAGUUUUUUUUUGUUUUUUUUGGAAAAACUUCAAAUUUCUUUGCAUUUUUCCUCCUCUACAUGAGAUUAUUUUGUGGAAGAAGACUGCAGGAUAAAUUGGUUAUCUGUUAAGAGGUGAUCAUAGCAGAUGUGUUUUUCCUGAUAUUGAUAUUGGCAUUUAAUACUUUUUAAGUUCUUUAAGUUCAUAGGAGGGAUAGCACUGAAGUCCCACAUCUGAGGUAUAACACAUGCUACUGAUAAACAGGACGAGGUCCUGUAGAAAACGGCUCCCGUCUUUAACAAGUUACAGCUUUAAGCACCAGGCUCUUAUGUAGAUCUGAAGAAAGAAGAAACCAGCGCUCACUGUGCUCUCGCUUAGAUAAUUUCUGUGUUUGACUUAUUGUCAUGUGAGCUUCAUAAGACAGGAUUUGUGAGUAAAUUAUUGUGAGAAAGGUACAAUCAUCUAGUUUGUGUUAAUUUCUCACCUGACUUAUAUGACAUGAUACAUAAUUUAAUGAUUGAUCUACUUGAGUGUCUUGUACGAUGCAGCUUGGGAAUGUCAAAGAAAAAGUUGUUAUUGAUGCUACUGACUUGAGGUAAAGAAGAUUUUGGUGGUGGAGUUAAACCACUGAGGCUUAUUGGAGGCAUGGUAAGGAUUUUUUGUAAUGUUUGGGGUUCCUACAAGUGUCAGGAAAGUUACUACCAAGUCUUAAAAUUGUUUUGACAAAAGUAUUAUGGGAAAAUAUCCUGGUGCAACCUAAACUUUGCACUUAAAAUUGUUGACUGGGUUUUUGGAGAUUUAUCUUCAGCUACACACUGUAUGACUUCACUUGACAGUCUGAGAGCAACUUAUAACAUGAAAAUGAUGUAGGGACCCUGAGUAUGUCUUGUGUUGUGAUCUCUUAAUUUUCCUUUGGACCCUUUAAUUCCUCACUGUGAGUUUUGUAUUAUGGAAAUACAAACCAUCAUAGACCAACAGUAUGACUUCUGCAAAUGUCCCUUUGCAGUUUUAUUUUUUUUGUUCUUGUAGUUUUGUACUAGGUGGCAUUUUCUCUUCAUGAUAGAGGUGAAAGAAACUCCUUUAAACCCAUUUCCACCGACCAACAAGAACUCAGAAUAGUGAGCGGACACAACGUCCAUACAGCUAAUUAUGACACGAUUGUUGUAGAGAAAUAGGAACGUGUGGAAAUACAGAUUUUAACUGCGUUGUUGUCUUCUAUUUUGGUCACUGAAUUUGUAAAUGAAGAGAAAAGACAACUGCAGAGAAGCUGAGAUGAUUGGUUUAUCUUCUCACUGAAGACAAGAGGACAAGAUCGUCCAAAACAUGACUGACAUGAUCACCCCGUAGGUGGUUAUUACCUGUCAAAUGUGCCUCUUAUGUAUUUAUGUACAUGUGUGUAAAAUGAACAGGCUAUGCUCCAUGUUAUUGUCCAGUUUUAUUGCCUCACGUCAUGUCUCACUGUUUGUUUUCGCACCACUUCUGCUCUGUUCGGUUUGUUUUUCUAAGGAUGAUAGACUGUUAAGCAGUCCCAUGAUUCUGCACUGUGUCUGUCCCAAAAUGACGUGGAUCUUAAAUCCAUGUGUUUUUUUGUAUUUGCAGUUUGCAUGUUCUUAAUCAUCAGAUUGUGCAUAUUCUGUUUUUGUUUCGUCUAUCAUUAAACAAACGUUAGGAACUAGAUGACUCUCCUGUUUGAUCUGAAGAGUCAGAUACAUAAAAAGUGAAUGAUGCAGACUAUCAAAACCAAAUGAGCAGAUAUCUCUGACACUGACUGAGGCCUCUUGAAGACAGUCAGCUUUGUCUUUCUUUUUUUUUUUUUUCAGCCUUUGAUUGAAUUUUUUCCCCCUCUUUUCUCUUGUCAUACUUAGCUUGUCAUUUACUUCAAUAAAUCUAAGUGAACUUGG